CAAAGCACUCUACCGGAAAUCGCGUAAUUGUCAUCUCCUUUGCAUACUUGCUGCUUUCAGAGUCGCCAAAGUUGUUUGUUUUCUACUCCUGGGUAUCUCUCAUGGACAGUUAGAAGUUUCAUGGACCAGUGUCUAAAUUUGCUCUAAAUCAGUGGAAUACAGAUUUUUUUUAUUUUUUUGGUCUGAAGGCGGGUAAUAGCGAUCCCUUUGCAGACGGGCGGAGCUAAGUGGUGACAAAGCGCCAUACACAUGAGCAAAACGAGCGCCCCUCCUUCACUGCCACGGGAACAGGAGUAAAUAUCAUGUACUGAGGCCGCCAGCAAACGGCCAGGUUUAAAUAAAUGGGAGAGAAAACUCGGGGCGCGGUGUUUAGUCUUGUUUCGACCCCCUCGGACCGGCCUCUUCACCGAUGUUUGCGCGGUGGUUGCUGCCUGUGCUCUGGACUCUGUCCGCGGAGGCAGAUUUCUUCCAGUUCGACAGCAUUUCCAAUGUUUCCACUUACUAUUUUAAUUAUAUUUAUUGCAAUAUAUGGGAGGGGGACUGUCAGCCAAACCAAGAUGAUGCUACACAGCAGGUUCCUACCAGGGACCUUUGGGCAGGUUUUCCUCAGGACUACGUUAGCCUGCUGCAUCAGUGGUACUGUAGCCUGGGCCAGUGCUGUGAGUCUGGUGACUGCAGGAUAACCAACAAUAUCACAGGUCUGGCAACGGACCUUCAGACGAAGCUCCACGGGCAGCACCUGGCCCAGUCUGUGGUUCUGAAAGCCAUCCAGGGUUUUAUUAACAACCCAGAGUCCAACAAGCCACUGACACUCUCCUUCCACGGCUGGUCCGGCACCGGCAAGAACUUUGUGGCCCGGAUCAUCGCUGAUAACCUGUAUCGUGACGGGGUGAAGAGCGAGUGUGUCCGACUGUUCAUCGCCCCGUUCCACUUCCCACACGCCAGGCUGGUGGACACGUACAAGGGCCAGCUGAGAGAGGCGAUCCGGGACAUGGUGUUGCGCUGCGCACAGACUCUGUUCAUCUUUGACGAGGCUGAGAAACUUCACCCAGGUCUCAUCGAUGCCAUCAAACCCUACAUGGAUCACUAUGACAACGUAGAUGGCGUCAGCUACCGCAGAGCCCUCUUCCUCUUCCUCAGUAAUAUUGGUGGAGCAACAAUUAAUGACGUAGCGCUGGACUUCUGGCACUCUGGUCAAAAUCGAGAGGACAUCGGUAUGGAAGACCUGGAGCAUCGACUACGAGCUGAAACUAUGGAGUCUCAAGGUGGGUUUGCUCAGAGUGAGCUGAUGUCCGGCCACUUGAUCGACUUCUUUGUGCCAUUCCUGCCUCUGGAGUACCGCCAUGUCAAGCUCUGUGCACGGGACGCCUAUGCAGCACGAGGUCUGGAGACAGAUGAAGCUACGCUGGAUGAAGUGGCCAAGGCGAUGCUGUAUGUCCCCAAAGAGGAGAGACUGUUCUCAGCCCAGGGAUGCAAGUCCAUACCACAGCGGAUCAACUUCUUUCUCCCCUAGAAGGAGGGACAGACAGACAGUAGCCCUUUUUAAGCAGAGAUCCUGCAAUACUGCCGUAAAGAAGACCAUUACGCCAGCUUUGCUUUUUUACACUGAACCAAACCAACGCCAGCAUAAUGCUGCCCCACUGUGUGAUUGUUAGAUAGCAUGCUGGUUUUCCAGAAGCAAAGGCAUGACGUGCAACACAACAGCGUCUGCGUCCCGUACUGCUGGCUCCCCUGUUUUACAUAGACUCGAUUCGGCUCUUACUACCUCCGCUGCCGGCUUAACGGCUGAACAACAAUCCCCCCCAUUCCUUGUUCAUUUGUUUUAUACAGAACGGCGAGGCGGAAUAAAAGCGCAACAUUCCCACCUUGAACAGGCUGUAUAAAAGGGGCUAGGGAAACCUGGUGGAGGUGUGAGAUUGCACAGCCCAUCUGCAUACAGAGCCACAGAGGAGAUGCGUCUUCUGUGCGCCCCCCCCCUCCACAGAUACAACACGUGUCUAUCCAGGUCUCUCAGAGAAGGCCAGGCAGCAGGGCAGAUCCAGUAUUAGAGGGGAAAGCAGCGCAACCCACCCUGCAGACAUGAGCAGUGCCAGACAGUCAUCAUGUGCAGUGUGGCUGCUCUUCCUCACCUGCCUGGUUUGAAUCCUCAGUGUCAAGACUGAGAAUGAAGAAGACGUAUUAGUGGUUGUGCAGUGUAUGUCAUAAAGGAAUAAUGAUACAUUUUUUGUCACACUAUUUAUGUCUGUUGGCCAGAGUCUGAGUUUGCACUGUUUUUUAUGUUUAGAUGAGGUCAUACUUUGUGUUAGUAUUUGCAUGUCAGACAUUGUACUGAUUAUUUGACAUCAUUUGUGCCAUAUUUAAGCAUCUUACUGUACCAGAUUAUUUUUUGUGGAGUUGUUUGAAUGCACAUUUGGUGGAACUGUAAGCCAUUAGAAUAGAAUAAACCUUAUUGUCCAGCCGAGGCAGGAAAAUUGUCUUUGGUCUCACCCAGGAAAAUGUAAACACAAACAUGUUCACAAGAUAAAAACAUCACAUUAACAGAAGAGAGAUCUCAGUCAGUCAGUGCAUUUAUACCCAUGGUGUACAGCCUGCACUCUCAUUUAAGUUUACUGUUUGUUGACCACAUUAAUUGCAUUAGGGAUAAAAGAAAAUAUAGUAAAUAUUAAAUGGCACUUUGGUGUGAACAGUAUGGAGUGUGUAACAGCUAACGUACAUGGUGCUGUGAUGCAAAUGUUACUUAAAAUUGUUACUGGAAAAUGUGUCAAAAGCAAUUUAAUGUUUUGUUUUUUAAUUGUCAGUAAUUUGUUUCAUAUGAACCUGAUGCAUGUCUGGGUGUUAUCAUUAUAACAUAAUGUACUGCUGUUACUUUGAGGCAUAGCAUUUUUAUUCACUGACUUUUAUCUUUCAUUCAUGCAUUCACUUUCACGUACUCUCACACAGGUCUGAGUUGGUCUGCUUCAUUGCUUUUGUUCUCUAAACUUCAGCGUCACAUAACAAGAAGGACCUGAAAAUAAAAUGUCAGAAAUGGUUUUAAGAAAAUAAACAUCCACAGUAAACCAACAA